AUGCCACGUACACAAUCGAAGCAAGUACUUGCCGUAAGCGAAACGCGCAAUAGCAGCGAAGUCCUAAAUCCAUGUGUGCAAUGUUCAGCCUCACAUCAUUUGUCAAAGUGUGACUCGUAUCUGAGUAAAAGUGUUGGGCAGCGGUGGGAAAUAGUGAAGGAACAAAAAUUGUGUUUCUCCUGUCUUAUUAAAGGUCACGGCAUGUAUCAGUGUAAAAGGAAGCGCGCAUGUAUGGUGGAAGGCUGCAAGAAAUUGCACCACUCUACAUUACAUGAAACCGGAGUCACGGUGCAUGAGCCACCAAGAGCGAAAGAAAAUAGCGCUCAGCAGGUAAACACUGUGCAAACGCGCAAGUAUGACCAUAAAGCAACAACAAUUUUGUACAAGAUAUUGCCAAUUGAGCUGCGAGGUGCCAAUAAUCACAUUAUUAAAACAUUUGCCUUAAUCGAUGAAGGUUCGUCAUGCACGCUCAUCAAUGAAGCAGUAGCCAAUCAGCUGGGAAUUUCUGGCCAAAGCACUCCACUGUCUCUGCAAUGGUUUGGUGGAAGAGAGACCAAGCUCAAGUCUAUGAGAUUGGAAGUGCAGAUAAAAGGAACUAGUCACAAAGCCAAGUGGCACAAGCUGAUUGCACGAACUGUUCCUAGCCUUGAUUUGCCAAUGCAAACAGUCACAUUUGCUGAACUACACUCGAGGUAUCGCCAAAUUAAACAUCUUCCAAUAGUUGAUUACACUGAUGCAGAGCCAACGGUCCUAAUUGGAUUGGAUAAUUGCCAUAUUACAGCCAGCUUGAGGAGUAUCCAAUGUGAAAAUUCGAUUGUUGCAGUAAAAACAGAAUUGGGAUGGCUCGUUUAUGGUAAACAUAGCGAUGAACUAAAACCGAUAGUUGAACGAGUAUCGAUAAUUUUGCAUACAUCCGUUAAAGUCGACAUACAAGAAUUGAUUUCAGAUUACUUUACAACUGAAAAUUUUGGUGUUGCCGUGCCUGCAAAGGUUGUAGAAUCCAAAGACGUCGUUCGAGCUAAAAGAAUUUUGCGCGAGACGAUUAAGAGAAUCGGCGAUAAAUACGAGUGCGGUUUGUUGUGGAAGUCUGACGAAGUCCAUAUGCCCGAUAGUUAUAACAUGGCCCUCAACCGCCUACAUUCAAUUGAGAAAAAGAUGAGGAAUGAUUUUGAAUUCGAGCGCGCGUAUAAAUCUGCCAUGUCAAGCUUUAUCGCCAAGGGAUACGCUAGGGAAUUAACGCCAACUGAGGCAAAGGUUCAAACGCAUUUUAAUUGGUACUUACCACAUUUUGGAGUUUUUAAUGUCAAUAAGCCUGGCAAGCUGCGGCUGGUGUUCGACGCGGCAGCGGCGGUAAACAGGGUGUCGUUAAACUCUGUUCUCCUGAAGGGUCCAGAUGAAAUGCAACCCUUGAUUAGAGUAUUGCUACAAUUUCGAGAGGGCGUUGUUGCCAUAUGCGCUGACAUAAGGGAAAUGUUUCUACAAGUCGGCAUGAGGCAGGAAGAUCAGAAUGCACAACGUUUUCUGUGGCGAUACGACAUCAAUGACCCUGCAGGAAUCUAUGUGAUGACUUCAAUGAUUUUUGGAGCCACAUGCUCUCCAUGCAUAGCACAGCAUGUUAAGAACAGAAAUGCUGAAGAAGUCGCCGGUGAUCGCUCCGAAGUGGUAAGGGCAAUAACUGACAAUCAUUAUGUGGAUGACUUCGUGUGCAGCUUUAGGGACGAGCGUGAAGCAUUGGAAAUUGGCCAAGCCGUGAGGGAAACUCAUUUAAAGGCCGGAUUUGUUUUGAGAAAUUUUAUCUCCAACUCCAGAGACGUGCAAAACCGCCUAAACAAAAGCGUUCAACACUCACAGGCCGUAGUUAGCAUGGAUGCAGGUGGUCAUGUCGACAAGGUGUUGGGACUGUUCUGGGACAGCCAAGUUGAUGCACUUGUAUUCAAACUAAAAUUGCAUAGAGUUGAUCCACAGAUACUCACAGGGGACAAAUGUCCAACUAAACGAGAAUUUCUGGGUUUGGUGAUGUCUGUUUAUGACCCCUUGGGAAUGUUGGCCGAUAUUAUGAUAUAUGGGAAGAAUUUACUGCAGUCACUGUGGAGGAAAGGCACUGCGUGGGACGACGAAAUUCCUUCUAAUAUUUUUGGCAGAUUCACGUCAUGGAUCAGAAGAUUACGAAUGGUGGAACAGCUCAGAGUAAGCAGGUGCUAUGCGCCAGAAUUUUUGUCGCCAAAUACCACUGUUGAACUGCAUGUAUUCANAUUUACUGCAGUCACUGUGGAGGAAAGGCACUGCGUGGGACGACGAAAUUCCUUCUAA